GAUGAGCGUCCACCUUCUGCUGAUGCACUGCCUGCGCUCAGCCACAGCUUUUAUAGAUCUACCGUGCGCCAUCCUCAGACUUGUUUGUUGCUCUUGAGCCAAAAUGUAAUUUUAUGGUGAUGCCGUAGCUCCUCUGUAGUCUGUCAGUUUAAUGACAGCUCAUUUAAGAGCUGCCGGGGAAUCCAUAAACGGACAGCGCGUGCUACAGGACGGUUUUACGGUUUGACCUUUGACUGUCAGCGAAUGACAAAUCAAAGGUCGGUACCAGUGAGCGGAGCCGGGGUCCAAAGCGCAUCUCCACCACGGCACAAGACGGCGCUCCGGGGAGAAUGGUAGAAAACCCACUGAAAGUUGGUCGAUAGCGGCGGAGAUAGCUUCGGUAUCGGCAGAGGGAGCAGCGGCAGCGCGCACGGAGGCUCCACCGCGGCCACCGUUGGAGCGAAGGCAGGCCCGCUGAGGGAGGACGACUGCAGCACCAUGGACAGCUCAGAUAUGGACGCCAACUAUGGAGGAGGACUGCUGGAUAUGGUGAAAGGAGGAGCUGGGAAGUUCUUCAGCAACUUCAAGGACAACCUGAAGGACACGCUGAAGGACACGUCCACAAAGGUCAUGCACCAGGUCGCCACGUACACUAAAGGAGAGCUGGAUAUUGCAUACAUCACAUCCAGGAUCAUAGUUAUGACGUACCCAGCAGAGUCUGUACAGAUUGGAUACCAGAACCACGUCGAGGACAUCCGCUCCUUCCUCGACAGUCGCCAUGCCGACCACUACACUGUCUUCAACCUGUCACAGCGCAACUACCGCGGCGCCAAAUUCUCCAACAGGGUCUCAGAGUGUAACUGGCCUUCUCGUCAGGCCCCCAGCCUUCACAACCUUUUUGCUGUGUGUAAGAACAUGCACAACUGGCUCAAACAGAAUCCCAAGAAUGUGUGCGUCAUCACCUGCUCGGAUGGUCGUGCUCCUUCAGGCGUCUUGGUCUGUGCCAUGUUCUGCUUCUGCCACCUCUUCAACAACCCGAUUCCUGCCAUGCAGCUGCUCAGUGCCAAGAGACCAGGUUCUGGUCUCUGGCCUUCACACCGCAGAUACAUCGGCUAUGUGUGUAGCAUGGUAUCAGAGAAGCCCAGUUUACCCCAUUCCAAGCCUUUAGUCAUCAAAGCCCUCACCAUGACCCCCGUCCCAUGUUUCAACAAACAACGCAGCGGCUGCCGGCCUUUCUGUGACGUCCUCAUCGGAGAAACCAAGAUCUUCAGCACUGCACAGGAAUAUGAGAGAAUGAGAGAGCACAGGCUCCAAGAGGGGAAGGUGGUCUUCCCUCUGGGUGUAAGCGUACAGGGAGACGUAGUGGUUUCUGUCUACCACAUGAGGUCGACCAUCGGAGGACGUCUGCAGGCCAAGGUGUCAAACACACAGAUUUUCCAGAUCCAGUUCCACACUGGCUUCAUUGCUCCUGGAACUACCAUGUUAAAAUUCAACAAACCAGAACUGGAUGCGUGUGACUCUCCUGAGAAGUAUCCCCAGCUGUUUCACGUGAUCCUGGAUGUGGAGGUGGAGGGGACGGACAAGCAGAAAGACUUGACGCCACCUUGGGAGCAGUUCCCAUGUAAAGACCUCAGUCCCAAUGUGCUCUUCUCCUGCCACCAAGAACAUCAGGACGCCCUGGCUAUCGCUGAUGAGAUGGAGGGCUUGGAUCUGGAGGAGCCGAGCCGCCCCCACGGAGGUUCUGACAGUCGGGGCCACUGCGAAGAAAGCGAGCCCUCCGAUGACGAGAUGCUCUCUCUCUCCAGCCAGCGAAGCAGCACCAGCACGGCGCCGCAGAAACCGGACCCCCCAGCGCCGGCGCCGGCUGCCCCCGCACCUGCCCAGGAAGUGGACCUUCUAGGCCUAGACGGGGAAGAGAUUAAUCCACCGUGUCCCUCGUCACAGCACACAGCCACGGCGGCUGCCACCACAGACCUUCUCGGGGACCUGUUUGGAGCCCCACCGCAGCCAGCCAGCGGCCCCUCCUCCGCCCAGUCCACGCCACACAAAGUAGUCCCCAACACUGCCUCGCCCUGCCCAUCUCCUGCCCCACCAGCGUUUGAUCCCUUUGGGACGGGGCCCAUGCCUAAGCCUCAGGACAUGAUGGGUUCUUUCCUUGGACCAGGUAACACGGGGCAACCAGACCCCUUCCUGCAUGCUGCUCGCUCUCCAUCACCCACCCUACAGCCCACAGGCCUGGGACGGAGUUCCCCCGUUCCACCCACAACCCCAACUGUCAACAUUCAGCAGCAAAAUGCCAUGGGAGGAUGGGACUGGAACAGGCCUGCAACAACAAGCACAGGAGGAGGCUUUGGCAUGGGCAGUCGGUCGGCCACUACUAGUCCCACCAGCUCAGUCCACAGCACCCCCACCCACCAAACCAAGCCAAACACACUGGACCCGUUCGCUGACAUUGGAAACCUGGGAGGAAGUCUUGGAGGAGGUUCUGGGUUCUCCAGUAAGCCCACCACCCCUACAGGAACAACUCCUUCCUUCCCCCCCAUGGGCUCCCCGUCCAGGCCUCCCCCCUCCCCUCAGCACACAGGAGGGUGGCAGUCCCACACAGGAGCAGGGUUCCCCUCAUGGCAGCCUGGUGGGGGCACCGCUGGAGGGUGGCAACCCCAAGGACAGGGCCCGACCCCGCAGCCAAAACCCAGCCCCAGCCACACCUCCAUGCCUCACACGUCGCCCCAGAACAGACCCAACUACAACGUCAGCUUCUCCGCCAUGGGAGGAGGCUCGCCCAGCGCAGGAAACAAAGCACAGGCCAGCAUGGGUUCAAAGCCCAGGGCCUCAGAUGCCAACUUUGAUGACCUGCUGUCCGGUCAGGGCUUCGCAGGGACCAAAGAGAAGAGAGGGCCCAGGACUAUAGCAGAGAUGAGGAAAGAGGAGAUGGCCAAAGAGAUGGACCCCGAAAAAAUAAAGAUUCUGGACUGGAUCGAGGGUAAGGAGCGUAACAUCCGUGCCCUUCUGUCCACCAUGCAUACGGUGCUGUGGGAGGGGGAAACCCGCUGGAAGCCCGUGGGCAUGGCUGACCUGGUUACCCCAGAACAGGUCAAGAAGGUCUAUCGUAAAGCCGUCCUGGUCGUCCACCCAGAUAAGGCAACAGGGCAACCCUACGAACAAUAUGCCAAGAUGAUUUUCAUGGAACUAAAUGAUGCCUGGUCGGAAUUUGAGAGUCAAGGACAAAAACCCCUCUACUGAACAAAAAAAGGGGAAGAGGAGGCGAGAGGAAGUCCCUGCUGGUUCUGUCAUCACCUCCGGUCAGCUGCGAACCCAUGAACAUCUGCCUUUAUACCUACUGUAUGCUUCAACCCGUGCUUCUUUUCUCAACACCCAAACCACCAUCCAGUUGAUCUGCAAAGAUGACAAAAAGACUACAGUACAGUACGCAUACUAACAGCAAAACGGAAAA